GAUGCUUUUAGCGAGCAAAGAGUUAAGGCUUCAAAAGAUUAAGCAGUUAAAGAACCUCAAUCAAAAUAAAAAGAAAGGUGGCAUUUUUGAGCUCUUUUAUAAUGAUGACGGAGAAUUUGUUGCAAUAGAGUAACAUAAUUGAUUGGAUUAGAAAUUGUACGUUCGAACCGAGCUCCACUGUUACCUAAGAACAACUGAAAUUAGAAAAAUUACCAUAUAGCGAGAUCUAAAAAUUGUAAGGUUUCAUGCCUUACAAUAAGUCGAUUAGUAGUGUGACUAAAAUAAAUAAAAAGUUAAGAGGCUAAACUUGUUUCUUAGAAUAAAGUUUUCCGUAUAUUCCUAAUAAAGCAUAAUUUUGGCCAAUUACAAUUCUGAGAAAUAUGUCGAAAUUUAUGUGAUUAUAUGAGGAAAGUACAUACUUAGGAAUUGUGAUUAAUAGGUUAGGAAAUUUGAAGAAUGAUAUUACAAAACCUAAGUAAAGAGUACAAUACAUAGACAAGGAGUUAAGAUGGAUCACUAUAUUUAUGAAUUGUAGAGAGAGAAUACAUAAAUUGAUGUAAUAGAUCAAUGUGAUGGUUAUGAGAGCAAAUGAUUAAAAGUUAAUUUAUCUA